AACUACUUUUUCUGUCAAAUUUGUUGUAUAACAUGAUGUUUUGGUGCUUAAUUUGUAAAAACAUAACCUAAUUUCAUGUUUAAUAGGCUUUUCCUUAAUUCCUCCUUAUUAUCCAACAUAUUCGCUUAUCCAACAUUCUGCCGGCCCGUUUAUGUUGGAUAAGUGAGACUCUACUGUAAUUAUUACAUAAUGUUAUCAUGUACUGAACUGCUUUUUCUAUCAAUUUGUUGUAAAGCAUGAUGUUUUGGUGCUUAAUUUGUAAAAUCAUAACCUCAUUUGAUGUUUAAUAGGCUUUUCCUUAAUCCCUCCUUAUUAUCCAACAUUUUCGCUUAUCCAAGGUUCUGCUGGCCCAUUUAUGUUGGAUAAGUGGGACUCUACUGUACAUUAAAACAAUUAAACAUAUGCAUACGCAACAUUUAAACACUAAGACAAAGUAGAAAUAUAGAAAUAUUAAAAUCACAAGAUCCAAAAAUCAUAUACCGUGGCUUUUCUAAUUGUCAUUGCAUGUAUUUCUUAAUUACCUUGUCAAACUACAACUCCCAGGAUCAUGUAGCAUUGAGCUAUGGCAGUUAAAGUGGUUUAGAUCCGCAUUAAUUUGACAUUUCAUGCAGUCAUGGUCUGGGACGAUCCUGAACAGUUUGCAAUGUAUUUAUUUUUUUGAAGGGAGGGGGUCUUUUAUAAUACAUCCAAGCUGAAGGCUCCCCCUAUUGACUGCAAAUGGUAUUACACUGGACCACAUUUGGCUGCUAAAGUAUUCUUCCAGUUUGGCUACUAACUAAAGGUGAAUCUCCCUUGUAGUACUGCAAACUACAACUCCCAUGAUGCCAUAGCACUGAGCCAUGGCAGUCCAAGUGGUGUCAAAUUGCAUUGGUUCUGAGAAAGAAGAUAAACAUUUGCUCUCACUGCUUUCACCGCUUGGAAUCCGGAAGUGUUGCUCAGAUGUGGCUUACCUCUGCCAGCAGUCCCUUUGGCAGAGAGGACGCCUGGUUUGUUUUUUUCCCCAACGCGCAGGCGCACAGCUGCUCCAACGCGGAGGCGGGGCUUCCGCUCCACGUGAUCUACUGGGAAAUCCAAAGAUGGCGGCGCCCAUGGAGCGGCGUGUUUGUUGUUUGUAGUUUCUUCUCCUCCGCUGGAAAAGUGAGACUCCGCAUCAGUUCCCGACAUGUCGCGACUUAUCGUGAAGAACCUGCCCAGUGGGAUGAAGGAAGAUCGCUUCCGCGGCCUCUUUGCUGCCUUUGGGACGCUGACCGACUGUGCCUUGAAGUUCACCAAGGAUGGCAAGUUCCGCAAAUUUGGGUUCAUUGGCUUUAAGUCUGAAGACGAUGCCAAAGCAGCCUUGACACAUUUCAACAAGAGUUUUAUUGAUACAGCCAGAGUCUCGGUUGAGUUCUGUAAGUCGUUUGGAGAUCCACAGAAACCUAGAGCAUGGAGCAAACAUUCCCAAAAGCCGCCAGCCACCGAGAAAGUACCUGAAAAAUCUGCAAAGAGUUCAGGCCAUGCAGAAAUUAAGCAAGAUGAAAAGAAGAAGAAAAAGAAUCAGCCAGAAGAUUUUAAAAAGCUGGAAGGAGAGGAGGCCUUCCAAGACUUCCUGGAGGCGCACAAGAAACGGUCUCAGGCGACCACUUGGUCCAACGACACAAAAGCGGAGGAGGCCAAAAAGAACCGUGCCAAGGUGACGGAUGACUAUCUGAAUUUUGAUUCCGAUGAGUCGGAGAGUCUAAGCGAGGAGGACGCUGAGUUUGGGAAUGAGGAUGGAGACGCUGGAAUUACCCAAGAGGAGGCCCAAAGCCCCCAAGGAAAGGCCGCAGCCAGGCCAGAGCUGUCGGAUAUGGACUACCUGAGAUCAAAAGUGGUGAAAAAUGUGGAGUCCUCGCCUUCAUCUGAGGAGGAGAGUGAAGCUGAGGAGGUGGAUGAGAAGGAGCCUAGUGAAGGCGAAGAGGAGGAAGCGAAACCCAGUCCUGGGCGCCAGGCUGGCUCUGGUUUGAUAGCAGAAUCUGGAGCGGGUGAAAAGAUGGAAGGCUUGAAAAAGGUUGCAGGGACAAAGAAAGAGAAGGCCACAACCGAGGUGAAAGCUCAGGGCGGUGCAAAUGAACCCACCACGUCAUACACAGUGAAGCUGCGGGGCGCCCCUUUCAAUGUCACAGAGCAAAACGUGAGGGAGUUUCUUGUGCCGCUUCGCCCAGUCGCGAUCCGAAUUGUGAGGAACGCCCAUGGGAAUAAGACAGGUUAUGUGUUUGUCGAUUUUAACAAUGAGGAGGAGGUUCAGAAAGCCCUGAAACGGAAUCACGAAUACAUGGGUGGGCGGUACAUUGAACUCUUCUAUGAGGAGCACUCCAAAAAGACUAAACCUUCCUCGAAGGACCCGGCCCGGACCUGGCAAAGGACAAAGAAGGUUGAUGAGGAAGACGAAGAUCUGUCUGACUCCGGGAGGCUUUUUGUGAGGAAUCUUCCCUAUACCAGCACUGAGGAGGACUUGGAAAAGCUGUUUUCUAAAUAUGGGCCGCUUUCGGAGAUCCACUUUCCCAUUGACGGCCUGACCAAGAAACCCAAGGGCUUUGCCUUUGUGACCUACAUGUUCCCUGAACAUGCGGUGAAGGCCUUUGCCGAAGUGGAUGGGCAGGUUUUCCAGGGUCGAAUGCUCCAUGUCUUGCCUUCCACCAUUAAGAAGGACGAAGGGGAGAGUGGCGACGAUCCUGGGGCCUCUUCCUACAAGAAACAAAAGGCGUCCAAGGACAAAGCCAGCAGUUCCAGCUCACAUAACUGGAACACUCUGUUUAUGGGGGUGAACGCUGUGGCCGACGCCGUUGCGCACAAAUACAAUGCCACCAAGAGCCAAGUGUUCGAUCAUGAGCUGAAGGGCAGUGUGGCCGUGCGGGUGGCGUUGGGAGAGACGGAGCUGGUUCAGAAAGUCCGCCAGUUCUUGCUGGAAAACGGUGUCAGCCUGGACUCCUUCAGCCAGGCUGCCAGUGAGCGGAGCAAAACAGUGAUCCUGGUGAAGAACUUGCCUGCUGGCACAGAGGCAACUGCGUUGGAGGAAGUCUUUGGGGCCUACGGCAGCCUUGGGCGGGUGCUGCUCCCCGAAGGAGGAGUGACGGCAAUUGUGGAGUUUCUGGAGCCCACGGAAGCGAAGCGGGCGUUCACAAAGCUGGCCUACUCAAAGUUUCGGCAUAUCCCAUUGUACCUUGAAUGGGCACCCAUGGGGGUCUUUUCUGGCCCUGGAAAGAGAAAGCCUGAGAAUCCAGGAGUCAAGAAGGAAAGUGAAGGGCCAGCAGAAACAGGUGGCUCUAAAGUUGACGAAGUUCAAAUGGAAACGGAGAAAGGCCAAAUUGAGGAGGAGGACGAUGAAGAUGAUGAUGAUGAUGAAGAGAGCCUUCCAGGGUGUACGCUUUUUGUAAAGAACCUGAACUUUAACACCACUGAGGAAACAUUGAAGGAGGUUUUCACCAAAGCCGGCGCUGUGAAGAGUUGCACUGUCUCCAGGAAGCGAGAUAAAGCCGGGACGCUUCUCUCCAUGGGAUUUGGAUUUGUGGAAUACAGGAAGCCAGAGCAUGCGCAGAAAGCUUUGAAGCAGCUCCAGGGUUGUUCCGUGGACGGCCAUCAGUUGGAGGUCAAGAUCUCCGAAAGAGCCAUCAAGUCGCCAGUGACGUCAACUCGCAAAACACAACGUCUCAAGAAGCAAAAGAGCUCCAAGAUCUUGGUGCGCAACAUUCCCUUCCAAGCGACGGUGAAAGAGAUCAGAGAGCUUUUCAGUACUUUUGGAGAACUGAAGACAGUCCGCCUCCCCAAGAAAAUGGUUGGCACUGGAACGCAUCGAGGAUUCGGUUUUGUGGACUUCCUGACCAAACAGGAUGCCAAGCAAGCAUUCAACACCCUCUGCCACAGCACCCAUUUGUAUGGACGGAGGCUGGUCUUGGAGUGGGCCGACACAGAGGAGACAGUGGAGGCCUUGCGGCGGAAAACAGCAGAGCAUUUUCACGAUUCCGCACCCAAGAAGAAGAAGCGCUCGGCUGUCCUAGAAGAAAUCCUGGACAAGCUGGAAGAUGAUGGAGACAGCGAGGGAGAGAGCUAGGGCUCCUCCUCCGGGCAGCAAGGGACGGUUGGGCUUGUCUGGGCAGCUCAAAAGGCUGGAGAAUGAAAGCAAGGAAGCCAUGUCCUCCGGAGGUGUGAAUUGACGCUGCCAGUUUCCUGCUGGAAUAGCAUGGAGGCAUCUCAAGGAGAGGAGCUGAAUAUCAAACUGAUUUUGGGAGAAUGAACUUAAAGGGAUCGCAUUGGUGCCCAAGCCCAGGAACAGCCCUGGGUUUUGGUGCUGUAGAACCGGGUAGACAAAUGCACACCCCAUUUAUCUCUCUGUGUAUAAAAGUCCAAGUAUGUGCAAGCAGUCCCCAAGACAGGGCCUGUAGUUUAUUCUUAAGUUGAACAUAUAUGUAAGUCAUACUACCCUGUUUCCCCUAAAAUAAGACAUCCCCAGAAAAUAAGACCUAGUAGAGGUUUUACUGAAUUGCUAAAUAUAAGGCCUCCCCUGAAAGUAAGACCUAGCAAAGUUUUUGUUUGGAAGCAUGCCCAACAAACAGAACACCAGAGCAUACAGGAUUGGUAAAUGUAUAUACCAUAGAGUGUUGUACAUGGAAAUAUUAGUAGUAACAAGAAGUUCUUGAUAGGAUUCACAGUUUGUCUAGUUAUGCUGGUUUGUGAUGACAACUACUGUACAGUAUAUGAUAAAUGUUCAUUUUUUUGUUCAACAAUAAAUGUGAAUUUUUCUUCAUGGAAAAAUAAGACAUCCCCUGAAAAUAAGACCUAGCGCAUCUUUGGGAGCAAAAAUUAAUAGAAGACACUGUCUUAUUUUCGGGGAAACACGGUAGGUAUAUUUUUUAGGUGUAACUCCAGCCAAAUACUGUAUAUACUUGAGUAUAAGCCUAGUUUUUCAGCCCUUUUUUAGGGCUGAAAAAGCUCCCCUCGGCUUAUACUCGAGUGAGGGUCCUGGCCGGCUUAUAUUCAGGUCGGCUUAUAUUUGAGUCUAUAGGUAUUCAGAGUUGGACAGUCUUAUCUUAUUAAAGUCUUAUUAUUAUUAUCUUAAAUUACAGUUUUAUAUAAAUAUUCAAAAACAUUUAAUCUACUGAUGCCUCAAAUAAUACAAUUUUAUUAAUAUCUAUUUUUAUUUUUGAAACUGACCCGUAGCUGCUGCAUUUCCCACCCUCGUCUUAUACUCAACUCAAUAAGUUUUCACAGUUUUGGUGGUAAAAUUAGGUACCUCGGCUUAUAUUCGAAUAUAUACGGUAUAUAUUUAUUUGCUGUGCCCGGCCACGCGUUGCUGUGGCGUAUGGGGAUCCUUUGUUGGCCAGAUGGAAUAGCAGCGAAUAGCCUUGCGGCCUCAAA